UAUAAAAAAUGCUGAAUAGACAAAUUAAAUCUAAGAAAGUAAAAAAUCUUAUAAAGAAAUUUGAUGCAGAAGACGAAGAUGAACAUUAAGAGGAACAUGAAAGUCAAUAAGAAGAAGUAUAAUAAUAGACAAAAUAAUCAUUAAAAUAAUUAUUGUCUGGAGUUAUAAAGAGAGAUGUAAAAAGUGAAAAGGCUAUAAUGGCAGAUAAAUAGAAAAUAUUGAAUGAACUUACAAGUGAAAAACAAAAGCAAAAAGAAAUGGGGAUAAAGAAAAGCAUAAAAAAGUUAGAUAAAUAUAAAAUAGUAGGGCUGUAGUAGAAAAAGGGCAUAUUGAUCCAAGAGUUUCAACGAAUAGAGAUCAAGAAAGAGAGCUUAAAGUGAUUGCAGCUAAGGGUUUGGUAAAAGUAUUCAAUGUACUUGCAGAAAUGAGAUAAAAGCAGAAUGAAUGAAAUUGUGGUGGAAUUUGUUU